AUGGGCUUCAUUCCUAAAAGCCCUCAAAAAAUAUCCCAAAACUUACAAAUACACACAUCACUCCAUCAUUCAUUGCCCUCCCUUUUUUCUCCUCAAAACAAGAUAAGGUGAUAAAUCAAUCACUCAAUCUCCCUCCAAUUCUCACACUUACACUUUCACCAUGCUAUCUCUCUCCUCCUCCCACCCCCUUUCUUCUUCCACCACCCUCUUCUCCACCACCACCAAACACCUUCUCCCACCACCUUCCUCCACCUCGCUUCGCCUCGCAAACAAACAACAACCAAUCAUUUCAUCCUACUCUCCCCCACCUCUUGUCCCCAACCUCAUUAUCCCCAAAUCCUCCUCUUCCCCUCAACCCCAAAACUUAUACCAACCCUUUCGCCCCCCUCCCAACCCCCUCCCCCAAAAAUACAAGAACCUCGAUACCGCCUCGAUCAUCGAGGUUCUUGCUAACCGUCUUGGGUCAUGGUACGAGUACGCUCCCCUUAUCUCCACCCUGUUUCGAGACGGGUUUACUCCACCUUCAAUUGAAGAGCUUACUGGAAUCUCCGGUGUUGAGCAGAAUCUCCUCGUUGUUGCUGCACAGGUGAGGGAAUCCAUUGCUGAUUCCCCCAUUAUUGAGCCUGAAACUCUGGCUUUCUUUGAAAAUGGUGGUGCUGAGCUUUUGUAUGAAAUUCGGAUGUUGAAUACGUCGCAAAGAGCUGCUACUGCGAACUAUGUUGUCAAGAGAAGAUUAGACGGGGAAAGAGCGCGGGAAAUUGCGAGGAGUAUUAAGGAUUUUCCGGCGAGAAAAGAUGAGCCGGGUUUUGGGUGUUUUGAUUAUAAUUGUCCUGGAGAUUGUUGGGCGUUUUGGCAUUAUCGGCUUUCGAGGGAGUUCAUGAAUCCGUCGGAGAGGAGGAGCUCGGCGUUGGCGACGGCGUUGGAUGUUGCUGAUACGGAUAAGGCGAGGGAGACUGUGAGGGAGGAGAUUGAGGGGAAGAAGGUAGGGAAAGUGGAGGAGAUUGUCAAGGCGGCGAUUAAGGUGCCGGUGGUGAGGUUGAAGAUGGGUGAGGUUGCAGAGGCCACGACUGUGGUGGUAUUGCCGGUUUCGCAGGCGGUUGAGGGGGAGAGUGGGGUUGGGAGGGUGCCUAUGGAGUGUAAGAGUGAAGGGGAGUUUGGUGUUUUGGUUGCAAAUGAGGGGUGGGAUAGGUGGGUGGUGCUACCGAGGUGGAUUCCGUUGGCGGGGAUUGGGACCGGUGGGGUGGCGGUGGCGUUUAGUAAUGCUAAAGUGUUGCCAUGGAGGGUGAAUAGGUGGUAUGUGGAUGAGCCGGUUUUGGUGGUGAUUGAUAGGAAGAGGAGGGAGGUAGAGGUUGAUGAUGGGUUUUAUUUGGUUGCUAGGAAGGGUGGUGAUGAUGGAGGGUUGAAGGUGGAGAAAGGUUCGAUAUUGAAGGAAAUGGGGGUGGCCGAGAGCUUAGGGACGGUUGUGAUUGUGGUUAGGCCUCCUAAAGACGAGGUUGAUGAUCAAUUGAGUGAUGAAGAUUGGGAUUGAUUGUUUAGUUUAGAAGGGGGUUCUUGAGGUGAGUCUUUUUGGGUUAGAUUCAUGUAGAUGGAAAAGAGACCAAAGAUCAUUGUAGUUGUAUGAUGACUAUUGCUCUAGUAUAGAGCUUGUAAUUUUGUUUUCUUUGUUUUGAAAUGGAUACAUAUUAUUCAAUCUUUUACACCGAAAUGUAAUUUGAAGUGUUCUUUUGCAAAUCGAUUAUCUAUUUGAGUAACUAGCAGGGAAAGAAUAAAGACAAAACUGUUCAUGUC